UGUCACGCACCCGCCGCCGGCGGACCGCUCCCUUCAGCGGGGCCGCUCGCGAGAGCCGCGGUUAUCGGGGCACGUCCCGGGCGCGCUGCCCGCCCGGAGCCGGCGCUCAGCGGGGCGGGAGAGGUGCGGAGCACCUUCAAGCACCGCUCACUCCGGUGUGCGCCGCCCUGUCUCCCCUCUUCGCCCCACUUCCCGCCGGUGGGAGUGGGAGAGCCUCUCCUCAGGUUCUGCGCGCCUCAGGGUGGCUCCGGCGGUGUGAGGGGAGCGCGGCCUCCGUGGCGCCCGGCGGCUGUGGCUGUGGAGGUCUGGCCCUGCAGACCCCACCGAGCGCCUUCGCUGCCCGCUUUGGACUCCCUCAGCCCCCUGAGAGUCUCGCAGGCCGGAGGGUGGGAGCUCACCGCCGAAGGAGGGGAGAAAAGCUAACCUGUGGCAAUGAUGGAUCCUUUGGAGAACAACUUGUUUGAUCUUCCUGAUUAUGAGAACACAGAAGAUGAAACGUUCCCACCUCUCCCACCUCCUGCCUCUCCAGGAAGAGAUGAUGCUGAAUGGGCUCAAGCUAAUGGAGAACCGGAUGGGAACCAGCAGUCACAAGCAAAGGAUUCUGCUGCAGCUGUACGGAAAGCAUUUAAAAGGCCAAUGCCUAAACUAGAUGCCCAAAGGCUAAUCUCAGAAAGAGGACUUCCAGCCCUAAGACACAUGUUUGACAACGUAAAGUUCAAGGGUAAAGGGCACGAGGCAGAGGACCUGAAGACUCUCAUACGACACAUGGAGCACUGGGCUCAUAGGCUAUUUCCAAAACUGCAGUUUGAGGAUUUUAUUGACAGAGUUGAGUCUUUGGGAAACAAAAAGGAAGUUCAGACCUGCUUAAAGCGGAUUAGACUUGAUCUUCCGAUUGUACAUGAAGACUUUGCAGAUAACAAAGAUGGCAAAGGGGAAAGCAAUGGAUUGGAUACAGCAGCUGAAGAUGUAGAUUCCAGCUCUGGAAAUGCAGAACAGCUCAACUCUGUGUCUGCUACAACUCUCACAGAGGAGCAGCAGGAGCGAAUCAAGAAGAACAGGCAGCUCGCCUUGGAACGCAGGCACGCCAAGAUGCAGUGCCACAGCCAGUCGCAACACAACGAGCUCUCCACCAGUUACUCAGAAGAGGAGUUUAACACCCCUGUUGCUCAGGAUCCUGCUGAGCUUAUUGAAGACACCCCAGUUACUGCAAUCAAGGUUGCUGUGGAUGAAGAUACAGAAGCUGAAGAUGGAGACACAGAUUUGGAAUGUGCCAGUGAAAAGCAGUAACCAUUCCUCUAAAACAACUUUCUGAUGGAAAGACCCCAGGAUUUUAAGUACUGUCAUUAAAUUGAUUUGUUGCUGGCCUUUUUUACUGUGACUUUUGGAGAGUUGGACUCCUGCAACUGCAGAUGAGCACUAGAAAACAGAACAUAUUUUUCACCUGCCUUUGGGACAUCUUUCCCACCUCCUACAACAGUGUUUAAGAAACAUUAAUGAGGGGUUUUGACCUAUUUUGCAUUUUGUUUACACUUGAUGUCAAACUGAAUCAACUGGGAAUAGCGAGAGGUGAAGUUUCUAUUAAAGUUGUGGUUAUUUUAA